AUGGAGCGUAACCUCUUCGCUCCGGAGAAGUCAAGGGUACUGCCUGCAUAUAACCAAAUGUCGAAAGGUAAAAGAGGUCCAUCAGCGUCGCACCUGGCGCUAGUGGAGCUGAACCUCCAACCAACACCGAACCGGCACGACAACCUCGCCGAAACAUCGCCUCGAGAAAACGCACCCCCCCAAAAAUGGAAGAGGAAGACCUGCAGGAAAAGAAAAGGCUGA